AUGCCAGAUCUUAGGUAUCCCGGAAGUAAAAGCCUCCACACUCUGAAAAGGCGACCUAGUCUCAGGUUCUUCCGGGUUAUGGUUCUCUCAGCUCUAGGUCGUUGCUUGGAAACCGCGUCCAUGGCUGGGAAGGCCAGCCGCAAAGAAAAAUCUCCUGUUUCCCAACAGGGAACACCAGAACGGGACGUCGCGGAAUCCGGGAUGGCCUCCAGCGGGGCCAUCUCUGGGAAGGCUUUCUCCUCGAAGACUGUCUCCCCGGCGGCCAUCUCCUUGGGGACCGUCCUGGAGACCUCGUCUACCUCAUCUCCGUUGUCUCCAGUGCCUCCACCGUCUCCAAGAACCGCGCAGUCCACCGCCAGGCAGUCGGCUACGAGCACUGGCGUUACUGAGACCUCUGCGUCCUUGAAGGCUCCAUCUGAGUCGGAGAAGAAUCUCUGGGAGCAGAUCUGCGAGGAAUAUGAAGCUGAGCAGCCUCCCUUUCCAGAAGGGUAUAAAGUAAAACAACAGCCUGUGAUUACUGUUUCCUCUCCAUUGGAAUCAACAGUUUUUCCAGGUUUAAGUCCAGAACACUUUUUUCAAGUUACUCCAAAUUAUGCCAUUGUCCAAGAUAUACCUUGUAUGAUGCCUGAAGCUCCAGAAGUUUUGGACCCCAAAACAUGUCCUCCCAGAGACUAUCUAGAAAAUUUCAUAUUUCCAGUGUUGCUUCCUGGAAUGGCUAACCUACUCCAUCAGGCCAAGAUUGAAAAAUGCUUUGAGCGGAAAAAAACAAAAUUUAUUGCCUGUGAUUUUCUGACUGAGUGGUUAUACAACCAGAAUCCAAAGAGGAUAGAUGAGCCAUUCACAGAAUUCUUCUCAAUUCCAUUUGUGGCAAAUCGGCUAAAGAUUUGUCCUAGGCCACCAAUUCCUCUUUCUCUCCUGCUCUCAGAAGAAAAAGCAACCCUCAUCAUCCAGUCAUUCUGGAGAGGCUAUCUGGUUCGUUGUGAUCCUGAGAUCCAAGAGUUGCGUCAGUGGCAGAAGCAACUGAGGGAAGAUAGUCACAUUCGUCAGAGAGUGAAAGAAUUCUGGGCUAAACAGGAAAAAAAAGUGAAAUGCAAGUUAGAGGAUGAAGAGGAGCCUCCCUAUCCAUCAUUUGAGCCAAACACCACUACUCUGAGCAAAUAAAUGGCAUCUGUCUCUUGCAUUCUUAAGUCUUAGGUGUAAAAGUCAUUUGGAUGCUGGCAAAAUGAAGCGUUCGUUACUGGUGAACACAAUUAAAACAGGUGUAGUUGCUUCUG